UAUCACUGCCUGCGGGGAAGCAAACCCUGUGGGCGAUGAGAGACUUCCAACGUCAUACUCCCGAAGCACCAUCGCAGCAUACACAAUUGCUCGUACUUAAGACCAAUGGCGACCAUCUAGCAAUUUAGUACGGCCCUCAUCCACGAUCUUGCAGAAUUAAGGAACAUUCCCCCCGGUAAAAAUGCCCUCAGCAAUCGUCACUGGAGCGACCGGAAUCACCGGCAGUGCCAUCGUGCACCAUCUCUGCAAAGACGACCUAUACGAUAAGAUCUACUCUCUCUCGCGCAGCAACCCCGGGUAUGCAAGCCCGAAGGUGCAGCACGCGACGCUGGACCUGCAGAGCUCGGCCGAGGACAUGGCCAAGGACCUGCAGGGCGUGCGCGCCGAGUACGUCUUCUUCUGCGCCUACCUGGCGCGCGACGACCCCGCGGAGCUGACGCGCGUCAACGCAGUCAUGCUGCGCAAUUUUUUACGGGCGCUCGAGCGCACCGGCGCGAUCAACCACCUGAAGCGCUUCAUCCUGACCUGCGGCUUCAAGCACUACGGCGUGCACCUGGGCCAUUGCAAGCAGCCGCUGCAGGAGGAUGAUCCGUUGCUGGAGAGCAGCAGCAGCACCGCCUGGCCCCCAAUCUUCUACUACGAGCAGGAGCGCAUCCUCGCCGAGGCGGCCGCGCAGGGCGGCUGGGAGUGGGUGGUGACCCUCCCGGAGGACGUGCUGGGGUAUGCGCGCGGCAACUUCAUGAACGAGGCCACCGCGCUGGGACUGUACUGCGCCGUCAGCAAGGCGCUCCCGGGCGCCCUGCUGCCCUACCCGGGCUGCAAGGCGAAUUACUUCGCCUUCAACACCUGGACCUCGGCGAAUCUGCACGCAAAAUUCUGUCUGUGGGCGGCGACCGCCCCGCACGCGGGCAAUAACCUCUUCAACGUGAUGAACGGCGACACCGAGAGCUUCCAGAACCUGUGGCCGCGGCUGGCUAAGCGGUUCGGCUGCACGCUCCCCAUCCCCAUGUUCCCCGGGGGCGGCGGGCCCGACUCCGCCGGGUUCGGAGACUAUGAGGCGACGACGGUGCGGAUGGAGAAUCCGCAUCCGAUCACGGAGCAGGAGCAGGCGAUCGGAGUCCGGGCGGAGGGAUCGCCGACCUUGUUUCUGCAGGUCGAUCCGGAGAAGUGGGCAAGGAGGGAGGAUGUCAAUGUGGCGUGGGGCAAGUUACGGGAUACCUAUGGCCUCGAUCAGAAGGCGUGGGAGAAAGCCACCUGGGACUUCUUGACGUUCGUGUUGGGGAGGGACUGGAGCUGCGUGGGGACGAUGAGUAAAGCGAGGAAGUUGGGUUGGACCGGGUAUGCGGAUACGUGGGAGGAGCUGGAGGAGACGUUGGCGGUGCUAGAGAAGGAAGGCGUUUUGCCUCCGGUGGACAGGCUGAAGCAGGAUUUCUAGGUCAUAUCUAGUAAGGUGGGUAAGAAUGAAUGAGUAUAUAUAAUGAUAAUAGUUUUCAAUGUUAUUAUGUACCUUUGGGAAGCAGACGACCCUGUCAGCUAUAGCGGGGGAACUGCGAUAUGCUGUGUGCAUCAGGAGCUUUUGGGGG